GCGCAGGCGCAGUGAUUGUAAACAACAGGCGUGACGUCACGACAAGAUGGCGGCCUCUGGUGAGAACGUACGUGCCGACCCGGACUCGUGCGAUGGCUGUGAACUCUGCGGGGCCAUGGAGAACUUGCUGAGGUGCGGGGGCUGUCGGACCGCCUACUACUGCAGCAAGGAGCAUCAGAGAACGCACUGGAAGAAGCACAAGCGCGUCUGCAAGUCCAAACCAAAGAAAGGCGACGGCAAAAGCACUACUAGUACUACUGGUGACCUCACCGCGAGACAACAACCCCAAGUAACAUCAGCGGACGGCAACGUAAUUAGCAACAGCACGUGUGACACUCAGGCGAACUCUCAGUCAAAGUCGCCAUCAGAAAAGACUGCGAAACAGAACGGCACAGGCAUCCCUUCAGUGUCGCCGGACUUUACCAGCUUUAGAAGCUUUUCCGCGAUGUUACCGGAGGACAUAAACAACGCGGACGGCGAGAGGCCGGCCGUGAACGGUGCAAAGAUUUCCACCGCCCCCGCUAGAAAUAACGUCGCGGCGGACGCGAAAAGGGAGAAGGAGAUGGCGGACUACAUCGUGAGGCGGCUGACCGCUGACGGGAUCUGCGUGGUGGAUAAUUUCCUGGAGGAGACGACGGGAGACGCGAUCCUGGCGGAGGUGAAGUCUCUGCGGGAGGACGGAGUGUUCAGGGACGGGCAGCUGGUCAACCAGGCGGCGGCCGACACUGCCAGGAAUAUCCGCGGGGACAUCAUCACCUGGGUUGAGGGGAAGGAGACGAACUGCCGGCGGAUCGGCCACCUGGUCUCCAGGAUGGACGCCAUCAUCAUGCGGUGCGACAGCAAGCUGGGCAAGUGCAAGAUAAACGGCAGAACUAAGGCCAUGGUCGCCUGCUAUCCAGGAGGAGGCUCUCGCUACGUGAGACAUGUAGACAACCCUAACGGGGACGGUCGCUGUGUCACCUGUAUAUAUUACCUCAACAAGAACUGGGACGUUCAGAAAAACGGAGGUCUGUUGCGGAUAUUUCCCCAAGGUCGGGACGAGGUCGCGGACAUCGAGCCCAGGUUCAACAGGCUGCUGUUCUUCUGGUCGGACAGACGGAAUCCGCACGAGGUCCAGGAAGCCUUCGCUACAAGAUAUGCCAUAACUGUCUGGUACUUUGACGCUGACGAGCGGGCUCGAGCGAUGGAGAGAAGUCGCAACUCUAUAGGCAACCCCUGAAGAGGGUCGAGUCCUGACACUGUUGUCCAUUUUGUUCACACCUAUAGCUCUCCAGCUGGAUGCAGUGCCUGGGGUGACAGCCAGGGGGCAUCACUGUUACACGUUCUCGGCAAACUUCAUGACAGGCUUAUAUUAUAUUAUAUCACACAGCAUUAGCACCUUGUAGUUAGGCGUAAGAUAAUUGAUUAAUCCCAAGUGCUCCAGGUGAUAAAGUUAACGAUGUGAUGAUAUUUACUCCUGUAGGUUUAUAUUAUUAUAAACACCACUGUCACCACUACUUGAAGGGCAGACACCUGCCAUUGGAAAGCAUGUUGAAUUACCCUACAACAGCCCUGCAUGAAAUUAUUGACACAAAUUUCAAUCUUUAGAAUUCUCCUCCAUCAGAAAGUCACAAGUGUUUUCUUUUUAACAAUUAACCAAAGAAAA